GCCCCAGGGCGCUGGGCUGGCUGGUCACUUUCAGAGGGAGUCUCUGCCCGGGAGACUGGGAAACUGACAGCGGAGGGAAAAACGAUUCUGACCCCGCGCGGCGCCGCCAUCCCGAUGCCCCCGGCCCCCCGAACCGCCGGUUCCCGUUAAACCGAGACCUUUCUUCUCGCUCGCCAGGUCGGGACGGGGGAGGAGAGUCCGACGUGGGGACGGGGUUUCUCCCAAGGUCAUGGGGCUGCGUCUUCCCGCUUGCUAAGGGCUCCCCGGGAUUUCGGUGACAGGCUGAGGCGGGGACCCGGGCCGGGAUGGCGCAGGUGCUGCACAUGGAGUCCGGUUUCCCAGGGAAGCCCACCCCCACCUCCCCCGCCGCCUUCGGGGCCCAGGAGCCGCAGCUGCCCUACUCGGUGGAGACGCCGUACGGCUACCGCCUCGACCUGGACUUCCUGAAGUACGUGGACGACAUCGAGAAAGGCAACACCAUCCGGCGGGUCCCGGUGCACCGGCGGCCCCGGCACAGCUCCCUGCCCCGCGGCGCCGGAUCCUGGUGGACUUCCACCGAGUCCCUGUGCUCCAACGCCAGCCUGGACAGCCGCCACUCCUCCUACUCCUACUGCGCCCCCGGCUUCUACCCCCCGGGCGGGACGGGCGCCUUCAACGCCCGCGUGGAGAAGACCCUGCUGGACGCCCGCAAGAAGCUGGAGGACCAGGCGGGGGGCCUGGGGAGCCUGCACAGCAGCGUCUCGGGCUCCACCAGCUCCCUGCUGGGCGGGCAGCCCCCCGGCGCGCAGGCCGGGUUCACCCCGCUGGGCUCGGGGCUGUCCACGCCCGUGUGCCCCAGCCCCGGGCACCUGCAGCAUGUGCGGGAGCAGAUGGCCGUGGCCCUGCAGAAGCUGCGGCAGCUGGAGGAGCAGGUGAAGGUGAUCCCGGUGCUGCAGGUGAAGGUCUCGGUGCUGCAGGAGGAGAAGCGGCAGCUCAGCGUCCAGCUGAAGAGCCAGAAGUUCCUGGGCCACCCAGGCGGGUUUGGGAAGGGCAAAGCCAGGGGCGAGCUCUACAUCGAGAUCCCGGAGGAGGGCGGGGGCGGGGAGGGGGCCACCUCCCCGCUGCGGGGGAGCCGGAGGCCGGAUUCGGGGGGCUCGGCCCCCCUGAGCCCCCCGCCGGCGGCAGAGCGGAAGGAGGUGAGGUCGGUGGGGGUGGGGACGUCGGAACCGGGGGACCGGCGGAGCGUGGGGGUGGGGGUGAGCGAGCAGGAGCUGGUGCCGGAGGGCAGCGCCAGGGCCGCGCUCGCCCUGUCGGCCAAGGUCGCCGUGCUGGAGAAGCAGCUGCAGAAGGCCCUCCGGGAGCUGCAGGGGGCCCAGCAGAAGCUGCGCAGCCGGGCACGGCCGGGCAGGGAGGGGGCCGCGGGGCAGCGGCGGGCGGAGGGACGCCCCGGCUGGCAGCAGCAGGAGGUGCCCGUCAAGGCGGACACGGUCAAGGUGAUCCAGGUGCAGCGGGAGCCGGAGAUCGCCGCCAGCAAGGCCACGGGCGUGGCCCACCGGCCGCAGCGGGCACAGAGCCUGGAGACCAAGGAGCCCUACGCUAGCCUGCGGGCCCUGACCCGGGGGGAGCCGGGGACGCCGCCCCAGGCCGUGGUGGUGGAGACCUUCCCCGUCCACGCCGCCGCGCCCCACGCCGCCCCCAUCCACGGCGUUAAGAAGAUCAGCAUCGUGGCCGAGCCCCGCGGGGAGGAGACGGGCCCGGGCGGUGGAGCCUCGCCAGAGCCCCCCGGAGCCCCCCAGAAGCCAGAGGCUGCAGUCGCCCCGGACCUUGUCCCAGCUCAGCCAGCUGCACCGUGUCCAAGCAAGGCAGAGGACCCAGCCUCGGCGCAGGGGGGCGUCAGAACCGGCACGAAGCGGCAGGGGGAGGCCCCGGAGAUGGCGGGCAAGAAAAGUCUCCAGUUUGUGGGCGUCAACGGCGGGUACGAGUCCACUUCCUCGGGCUCCAGCACAGCCGAGAACUCCUCCGACAACGAGAGCACGGAGAGCGAGUACCAUGAGGCCAGCGAGGGGCCCCCGGCGGGGCAGGUGCCGGCCCCCCAGAGAGUCCUGGCAGAGGGCAACACGGCGACGGCAGGGGAACCCCCCAGCACGGCACAAGGAAGAACCACUGGGACAGGACUCAGCCCGGAGUUGUUAGCGGCCUGUGAAACCCUGCGGAAGUACCUGGAGAGCCCAGACCUGCUCAUGGACAAGGAGAUGAAGGCCGCCUACACCCUGGUGCUGCAGGACUGGCUGCAGCUGUCGUGCCACAGGGAGGCUGCCCCUGAGGCCGUGGGGGGGCGCCUGGCCGCGUACCGCGCCCUCUCACCCCGGCUGCUGGAGUUCGUCCUCAACAUGGCGGACGGGAACGGGAACACGGCCCUGCACUACACCGUCUCACACUCCAACUUCCCCGUUGUCCAGCGCCUCCUGGAGACCGGCCUGUGCAACGUGGACAAGCAGAACAAAGCAGGCUACACGGCCAUCAUGCUGACGGCGCUGGCCGCCACCCGCUCCGACAAGGACAUGGCCACCAUCCAGCAGCUGCUGCAGCUGGGCGACGUCAACGCCAAGGCCAGCCAGGCAGGGCAGACGGCCCUGAUGCUGGCCGUGAGCCACGGGCGCCAGGACAUGGUGGGGGCUCUGCUGGCCUGCGCGGCCGACGUGAACCUGCAGGACGCCGACGGCUCGACGGCCCUGAUGUGCGCCUGCGAGCACGGCCACGCCGAGAUCGCCCGCCUGCUGCUGGCCACGCCCGCCUGCCACGUGGGCCUGGCCGACCACGACGGCAGCACGGCCCUGUCCAUCGCGCUGGAGGCCGGGCAGAACGACAUCGCCGCCAUGCUCUACGCCCACAUGAACUUCGCCAAGCCGCCUUCCCCGGGGACCCCAAAGCAGCCAAAAGCUGAGACCGCAGCAGCCGUCCUGCCCACCGAGGCUCAGUAGCGGAGGAGGGACCUGCCGUGUUUCUCGCCCAGGCAGCCCCGAAGACAGCGAUCGCGAUGUGGGGGGAGGAAGGGGGCGGGUCUCGAGGGAAUGCCGUCCACCCCAAGCACUGAAACUUACGAAGGCCCGUCCCUCCUGCGGUCCGAGCCGAGCCGCUGGAGCCUCUGCGUCAGCCGGAGCCGGGGGGCGGCUGCCGCUGGCUGGGGGGAGUUGGGAUGGAUGUUGGGGGGCAGCAAGGACACGAGACAAAGGAAGCCGGAGACAAGCUCAGUGGUGGAAAUCGGGCAGCUGCGUUUUCUACGUCUCCACUGGAUUCGGUCCCACAGGGAAGGACCCGCGACUGUGGGCCCUGUCACAGCUGGUUUGACAGGCUCCGCUCCAGCAGCAGCUGCAUCGCCCUGGCCUGCUUCUGGCAGACACGGGAUUCCCGUCCAGGGGCCAUUCCUACACGCCAUGGAAAUUCACGCGAGCCGGGAGCUCCCCUCCCCUGUCCCCCCAUUGGACUGUAGCUGGAGACGGGGGGCUCUUUGGUGCAUUGUGGGUACUCCGUCCAUCUUCAGGUGACAGACCCAGACUCCUCCUGUGCGUGUGACCUUGGGCAAGUCACAUUCUGUCGCUCUGUGCCUCAGUUUCCCGUCUGGAUUUUUUUUCCCCACUUAAAAAAGCUGGCUCUACUCCAUGUUAUUUCUGUGAUGGAAGCAGCUGGGGCUCUGUUUCUAGAAUCGAUUUUAAAGGGAGCAGGUUUUUAAAAAAAACCUUCCUAAAAAUUCCAGCCUGGUAAAUACCCACACAACUCAUAGGGUGUUAACUGUCUGGAGGUUGCAUGGAUUAAUUACCCUACCUGGCCAGUAGGGGGCAGCACCUCCUCUCUCUCUAUACUUACCUAGCUCUCUAUAUAAAAAGAACAGGAGGACUUGUGGCACCUUAGAGACUAACCAAUUUAUUUGAGCAUAAGCUUUCGUGGGCUACAGCUCACUUCAUCGGAUGCAUUCAGUGGAAAAUACAGUGGGGAGAUUUAUAUCCACAGAACAUGAAGCAAUGGGUGUUACCAUACACACUGUAAGGAGAGUGAUCGCUUAAGGUGAGCUAUUACCAGCAGGAGAGCCGGGGGGGACCUUUUGUAGUGAUGAUCAAGGUGGGCCAUUUCCAGCAGUUGACAAGAACGUGUGAGGAAGUGUUUGUGUGGGGGGAAGGGCGGGGGAAUAAACAAGGGGAAACAGUUUUACUUUGUGUAAUGACCCAUCCACUCCCGGUCUCUAUUCAAGCCUAAGUUAAUGGUGUCCAGUUUGCAAAUUAAGUCCAAUUCAGCAGUCUCUGGUUGGAGUCUGUUUUUGAAGUUUUGUUGUUGAAGAAUUGCCACUUUUAGGUCUGAAAUCGAGUGUCCAGGGAGGUUGACGUGUUCUCCGACUGGUUUUUGAAUGUUAAAAUUCUUGACGUCUGAUUUGUGUCCGUUUAUUCUUUUACGUAGAGACUGUCCGGUCUGGCCAACGUACAUGGCAGAGGGGCAUUGCUGGCACAGGAUGGCAUAGACCACCCAUUUUUUCAUGUUCUCUGUGCAUAUCAAAUCUCCCCACUGUAUUUUCCACUGCAUGCAUCCGAUGAAGUGAGCUGUAGCCCACGAAAGCUUCUGCUCAAAUAAAUUGGUUAGUCUCUGAGGUGCCACAAGGACUCCUGUUCCUCUUGCGGAUACAGACUCACACGGCUGCUCCUCUGGAACCCAGCUCUAUGUAUCUUUGAGCUGCAAGAACAAAACCUUUUAAGUGCCAAACUUCUCCCAAAAGACAUUUCUCUCCGGCCAAAGGACGGGAAAGAAAUUGGAACCAAAGGGUGUGGCAAGUGGUUUUAAAAAGAAAGAACUAAGAAGGGAAACAUUCCAAUUUUAUACCAAAUCUAUAGAUUAAUAUACGCCAAGAAUAGAACGACAGAUCUACGUUACUUUACCGCCCGGUAUUUAGGGCCUCGGCGGACGCAGACGGCCGGACGCAGAGGGCAGGGCUGGCUGCAGCGUUCACAGACCCGCCGGGUGUUUAGCUUCCACAUUUACACUCUGCCUUGGUAUGAGCCAGUCAGACUUUUAGGGUGAUGUCUUAUUUUCCCCUCCCCUCCCCCUCCACCCCGACAUUUGGGGCUUGGUUCAAAGCCGCGGUACAAAUCUGUGUCUUUUUUUUUUUAAGCUUCCAUUUGCUGUCUGACCCACCCCACCCCCCAGCCAUGUUUAUUGAACAUUUUAUAAUCCCCCCCCCGCCCGCGCACGCUAGGGCAGUAUCCUGGGGAGGGGGGCGGUGAGCUCAGCACUCAGUUUAUACCUGGGGGGGCUGUUUAGUCGCACAUACAAAGAGGUGUAUUCGCUGAUGUCAGUAUUACGUUAAUCCCAUUUAUAACCUGUUAAAAAUAAAGCUCUUGGAAAAACGA